AUGCGCUUAAGAUCAUUCUAUCUGGCUGCAGUGUAUUUCACGUCUUUAGCAAUUCACAGACAUGCCGAAUCAACUCACUUGCCCGCGACUAUUGAGAACGACGCAUCGCUCGAGGUGGUCACCCAUAAAACAUACAAUGUUGAUGAGGACUUCAGUCUAUUAAUUGAUGUGGCUUGUCAUAAAAUGGAACGACUCUGCAGAAAUUCCACCAAGUUUGCAAAUCGCCGCUCGAGAGAUGCUGAAUUUUCACUGCGCUUUAUGGAUGAGAUAGCUGGAGAAAUUGAUAUAAUCGAAGAUAAGAAAGACACCAUCUUCUCGCGCGAUCGUCUGAAGAAAAUAUUCAUUCCCAUGCUUCUCAUCCUCAAGUUAUUCAAGCUCAAGUUGCUGCUGCUUCUGCCCUUCUUGCUUGGACUGGCGAGCUUCAAGAAGAUCAUUGGAUUCCUCAUAAUCAUCAUCCCGGCUGUCUUGGGAUUCUUGAAGCUGCAAAGCCUGCAGCAAACGAACCACGUUGACUAUCAUUCAGGAGGACUUCACAUGCAGUACUCGCCCCAGGGCAUCGGAGGACUCAGCUACUAUCCGCAUCAUCCGCAGAACUUCCUCCGGAAGAGCGACACAUUCAGACCGGAUGACUAUAAGCCACGAAGACCGCCCCAUUUGCCAGACUACAACACUUCCACGGACCAUCGGUAUCCGGACUCCUACUUGGCCAUAGCGGGAAAUCGUGUCCCAAGCGCAAGAUCACGAUUGACUCGUUGACGUGAGAAAAGAAACUUCGUCAUUUUAUCACUCAUAUUUAUUGCUUUCUUCUGUCUCUUGUAAAUAACAUAAAAUAAUUAUACAUAUACUACGGGUAUAUAUAUACACACACAUUAUAAGGGCAGAAAUAUUUGCUGAGGAGACUGUAUUAAUAUCCAUAUCAAUUGCACAGCAUCAAUUGAGAAAUUAAUAUCUUGCAAAUUAUUUCACGAUUUUGAGUGAUGCAAAGAGACUCAAGCGAAUGUCUUUUCUAUGUUAUUGCUCAAA